GGGAAGUAUUCAUCCAAUUGGGUUACAAAACGCGUCGAACUUGAAUUUAGACCGACGUUUGUAGAGUUUUCAUGUCUUUUGCAACUAAGGCUUUAUCUUUUGUAGUUUACCGUUGAUUGCGGGUGUUCUGAGUUCCUGUUUUUGUAAUCUAAGGGGCUUUCUGUGUAUUUGUUUAACCCAAACUUUCAUAGCAUAAGCUUGGGUGUGGAAACGAUAACAAUGUCGACGCAUGCAAUGCCCGAAGCCGUGCGCAGGGAUCAGCAUUCCCGCGUGAGCAGCCGCGCGACGCCAGGAUUCCUGGAGCGCCUGAGCGACACGGCGGGGGGGAUGCUACUCGGGGUCGGCGUGUUCGCGCUCUCAUUUUACGUACUCUUCACUAACGAGGGCAGAGCUUUGCGUACCACUGCCUCUUUGAACGAGGGCCUCUCCAAGGUUGUGCCCCUGAACCCUGCAUCUGAACCAGAUUUCUUGAAUAACAACAAACUGGUCCACCUGUCUGCUGUCCUGCAAACUUCCCAGUCGCUACAUGAUCCCAACUACAGAAUUGAGGUGAAGGCAGUGAAGCUGAAGAGGGAGGUGGAGAUGUACCAGUGGGUGGAGCACCAGGAGAGUCGGGACUAUCAGGAAGAUGGAGAGACCAAGACCGAAACCACAUACACUUACACCACAGAGUGGAGGUCAGAGGUCAUCAACAGCCGGAAUUUCGACAAAGAGAUUGGCCACGUAAACCCCAGCGCCAUGGCAGUGGAGAGUGUGACUGUGGUUGCCUCAGAUGUUUGGGUUGGAAGCCUCUCUCUGUCCAAAGGGCUAGUGGACAAGAUCAGUAAUUUCCAGAGGCUUCAUCUGGGGACCCUGUCCCCUGAUCCCUUCCUUACUGUCCAUGGAGAUUAUUUCUACCACACUGCCCAGCCCAACAGGCCUGAGGUUUGUGCUUGUACACACACAGACACACACACUCGCUCGCAUACAUUGACUGACACUAUUGUGUUGCAUUUCCUCAAGGUUGGUGAUGUAAGAGUGAGCUUCUCCUAUGCAGGACUGAGUGGGGAAGGAACCUACCCAGGGCCUGCUCAGAUGGUUAGCGUGGUGGCCAUGCAGAAGGAUGGGCGGCUUGUGCCUUAUAAGACCACAUCUGGGGACCACAUAGAGAUCCUGUACCUGGAGGAGCUGUCUGCUCAGGAGGUGUUUGAACGAGAGCACCAGAUGAACUCCAUGAUGACCUGGGCUCUGAGGGCUGCUGGCUGGGCUCUGAUGUUCUUGGGCAUCAGUCUGGCCACACGCAUCGUCCACACAUUGGUGGACUGGUUGCCCCUGGUGAGGGACGUCGUGAAUAUCGGCCUGAGGCUCUUCGCUCUCUGCGUUUCCUGCUCGCUGUCCCUCCUAACCAUCGCUGCUGGUUGGCUCUUCUACCGCCCUCUGGUGGCCGGAGGAAUCGCCGCACUGGCACUGCUGCCUGUCCUCCUUGCUCGCUCCCGGGCCCCAACCAAGAAGACAGAGUGACUCUGAAGCCCAAACAGGGUAACAAGCCACUGAUGUCACCAGCCCCUCCUCAUCUACAACUGCCCACAAGGGUUUCCAAAGCCCAGACUUUUAUGUGUGUCCUUGUGAUGCAGUGACCUUUGACCCUUUCCCAAGGUUAAUCUCAAAGCUUCAGCGUAAAGCAAGUUCAUGUCAGCUGUUCCCUUCAGAAUUUGAUUGUGUGUGUUUUUUUUUUUUAAAGUGUGUUGCACUUUUCGGGAGCUUGACAUAUGCAAUAAUUUGUUAAAGGAGACAAUCUGUUGAAGGAGCAGUGUGGAAAUGUUUUUUUUCAGCUUUUUCCAGAGGUGUAACUUUGUUUUUUUUUUCCAUUGUAGACAGUUUCUUUGGUGAAAGGUUAAAUUAUAGCCAUUGUUAUAGCAUUUUAAUUUAAAAUAAAAGGUACAUUUCAGUGCAGGAACAGA